AUGCGUCCUACCAGUUGUAUGAUUAUGAGCCUUAAUUAUUUCCCCUUACCACCUUCAGUGCCACCGGGCACAAAAUUUUUGAAAGCAAGUAUUCAAUUGUAUAUUUUGUUUUGUUCCAGACAGGCCAUAAAGCCCUUGUCGGGGUCAGCGCCGUCGGUGCGGGCAGCUGGGGCCGGCAAGACCGGUACUGGCGACACCACCGAUGGCAAACAACCGAGCAAGUCGCGCCAGAAGAAGUUCCAGAGGCACUUCCCGCAAGUGGGACCUGAGGAGAAGGUGCUCAAUUAUUACUCGUGUGCUCUGGUUGGUGAUCUACUCCUCCAAGGUCACCUGUACAUCACGAAGAACUACUUCGCUUUCUAUUCGAACGUGUUCGGCUAUGUGACCAAGCUUCUAAUCCCAACAACAUCGGUCCUCCGCAUCACGAAGGAGAAGGUGGCUCGUAUCAUCCCCAACGCGGUGGGGGUGUGCACCCGCGAUGAGCGGCACGUUUUCGGGUCGCUGCUGUCUCGGGACUCCACGUACAAGCUGAUGAUGCACGUGUGGAAGGCGGCGAGAGCACCUGAAGUUGCUGUUCCUAAACCCCAGGACCGAGCAUCCGAGGUGGAGCUGGAAGUGUCGGAAUACUCUCCCGAAGAUGACAGCAGCUCGGCGGGCGGGGACCAAGUGGAUGCGCCCUCACCGCCCGUGAGACGAGAGUCAGAUGCCAUUAUAGCUGCAGCGGGUGGUGCGGCCGUCAUCCAGCCGGCACUCCUGACAGGCAGCUCGGGCGUGGGGCGGCGCGCGGCGGCGGGCUGGCGGCUCGCGCUGGCCGCGCUGGCCGCGCUGCUGGCGCUGUCCGCGCUGCUGCUCGCCUACCGCCUCUACCGACACACCUACCACGCUCAGGACGAACUAGUGAAGUUAUCAGGCGAGGAGUUAUACUCGGAGCUGGUGCGAUGGCGCGCGCGACUUCACGGGCGCGCGGCCAGCGAGCUGCACGCGUUCCUCACCACCAACCUGCUACUACUUACUAAGGUCCGACAAUCCCUAGAAGCGUUAUCUGGUGUGAUACUAACAGACAUGGGGCAAGGCGGUACCGGCCACCUCAACGUGGACGUCCCCAACGAGACCGUCUUCAGUUAGCGGGAGACACAACACUAACACGUAACACGUACUCCUCGAAACGCAGCGAUAACCUCACAACACACACUUAUUGAUCAAUAAUCGAUCACGACACGCGAUUGCGAGUAAUCGUGAAAAUCGCGACCAGCAACAAACCGUACAAAUUUAUUUUACUAAUUUGUACCGAUUUUGUUGCUUUGAAUAUGAACCAGUUUUAGUUUUUAUGAUACAAAAAAUAGUGCUACCAGUUUUCCUUGAUUCUGUACGCUCGGUAUUGCCAAUUUAGAAAAGUCAGACGAGUGUUUUGGCUUAUUAUGUUUCAGUAAUAAGUCUUAACUGUUUUUUUUACGGGCGAUUUUUAGUUAAUUAUGUAAAUAAUUUGACAACUUUGUUUCUUCUUAUUAAUUUUGCCGCUCAAACUGUUGGUUUAUUUUUGUUCGAAUUGGCAAUACUGGGUGAAUAGUAGUUUAAUUUAGGGUUGUCGCUUAGUUAUCGAGGAUUUUUAUUGUAUUUAGUUCGUCAGCUGAGCUGCAUAUGUCCGACAAGGCAACGCUUUUCAAAGUGUCAGUGAGACGGAAGUGAUACUAGUUACUAUUUAUUUAUAUGAUUUCAGUUUGUUAACAUUGUUUUUAGCAAUGGACUCCUUAAUGAAACGAAAGCGCGGAACAAUUAUUUUUCAAUUUAUUUUUUGCCCAAAUCAUCGAUGAAUUGAAGUCGAGAAAAUACGAUUGAUGAGACUCAUUGCAAAAUAAAUAAUCACACUUUAACUACAACUUAAUGAAAUAACCAAAUAUUUAAGAAGAAACUAGAAUUUUAUUUCGCUUCAGUAAAUGUUACAUUAUUUAAUAAUUGUCUCCAUUUGUUACCAGUUGUAAGGCUUGUGUCUGUUUCUAUUCCAAAAAUCAUGUUUUCAGUAUUAAGAAAAAUGAAAUAUUAUUUUACUAAAACAUUCCGUUGUUAUGGUCAUUGCUUUAAAUUCAUUUAUAGUUUGGUUGGCAAAAGCAAACCAUUGCAUGUGAAUAGCUUUUUUAUCUGCUUUUACUGAAAAUAAUAAUAUAAAAAUGUUUAUGAAGAAAACGAACACCAAAGCUUAAGGGUAGAUGAGCAAGUUAUCAUUAUUUCUUUGUUAACCAAUAUAAACUUACAUUUUAUAUCACUUUAAAUAGAAUGAAAUUUAUUUAAAUUAUAAUGUUAUUUAUUGAAACAAUAAAAUCAUGAUAAAUAUACCAAAUAAUCGCAUCUUCACAAGUAUUAAUUUAAUUUUUAUAUAAAUUUUAUUGAAAAUGUUAUAACAAGGAAUCAAGUUGUAGACACAAGUCACGAAUACAUUUUAUUUAAGACGUCUUUGUUAAAAUUUGUUCUUAGUAUCAUGUACCAUUAUCACUCUACUUAUCAUUUAAAAAACGAUCUUAUUCAGAUAACAUUAGGAUGAAAAUUGAGUACAGUGAUAAUGGUAUGGUUUAAGUAAAACAUUUGAUGAACAGUGGAAGAGCAAAGUAAGCCAGAAUGCCUUUAAGGCAUCUACGUCAUAUUAACUUGUGUCAAACACAAACGUUUAGUGUUAUAUGCGCGUUUGGUCGGGAUGAAUGGAACUCAAACUUAAGUACAUCGGAACGUAGUAUAUACGUAUGCGGUUAUAACCAGUGUAUUGUGCAAUCUAAAUUAACUCUUUAUUACCUUGCGUUUCACAUUCAUAGUAAUGCUGCACGAUUUAUAAUUAUGAUGAGGAUUUGUGAUGUGAUGUCCGUCAGGUCGAUAAAUUAAUAAUACUGGAAAAUAUCAGUUUUGUUUUUCCAUAAUCAAAAUUUUGUGAUUAUAUUGUUGCGUUAAAAAAGUUUAUAUGACGUCACAAAUUGAUACUUUUUGUACCGGUUUGUGACGUAUUUAGCAAGUAUAUUGUUAAAACCAAAAAUACGUGCCUGUUUAUUCUUUAUCUUUUUUCCUGGUGGACCACAUUUUUAAUUCCCAGUCAAAAUACCUAUUUAAUGUGAGCACAUGUUUUGAACAAAAACGUUCUCUUAAAUUGUUGCGUUCGUUUGUCUCGGCUUGUUAGAUAUUUUCAUAAUCACAAUUCUAUAACUUCAGCAUCUUUAAUAUUCGUGUUAAUUAUAAGCUUAGAGAUGGGUAAGCUUAGUAAAUGUUGCUGUACAUUAUAAUUGUAUUAUUACAUAUUACUGUAAGGUAAGGAGCGAUGACGUAGUUUAGCCAGCCGUUAUAUCAUUUGCUCUGGUUUCUAUACGUAUGUGUUAGUAGCAUUGACUAUUUGUAACUUAGAUUGUAAAGACCGUACUACAGUGGGAUGAGUGCUGGAUGGAUCAUGGAGAGUAUACAAUUGUGAAUGUGAUAGUGUCAGAAGGCAGGUGCUAGUAUUUAGAUAAUAGUUAAUAUAAAACCAACAUUCCUCGUUCGAGAAAGUGUCCACGGAUGGGUCGAGAUAGAGCGUGUCGAGUUGGGCUAGUAUGGAUCGUUUGCCAAAUACUUUCGUAAUGUUUCUUGCCAAUAUUCGAUAGCAUACGUUAUUCAGUAGCUUUCAAGAUUCAGCCUAAUGUUUCUGUAUCGAUUUUAAAUUGAAUUGUUGACAAAAAAUAUCCCUUCACAAGCAUUUCCUGUAAACUACUAUUUUGACAAUAAUCUUUAACGAAAAUAAUGUUUUUAAAUAGUGAAAUAGUUUUACACAUUUCUAUCGAUGCAGAAAGCAUUAGGUAUGAACGUACAUAUAACAAUAUCCAACGCUUAAGUUUUCAACAAAUUAAUUCGAAAUUCUGAAGUAAGGUGAACGAUUUUGGACAGUUUUAAAAAUUAUGUCGUUUAUAGAAAUAACUGUGUACUUGUAAAGUUUAUGUAAUUAAUAAUUUAUUAUUCUAGUCUUUGGUAAAGCUCAAGGAUUUGUUAUUCGGUUCUAUUGGGGUUAGUAUGUACUUAGGAUGAUUUUAAACUAUUGUAAGUGUGAAAUUAUGUUAUAUGGCACUCUGUAAACUUUGUGCAAUCAAAUUUAUGUAUAGCAUAUGUUAUAUCACAUUCUUAUUUAUUGUAGUACGAAUUCAUGUUAUUUUUUGAAGGCCAAGGUGUUUUGUUAGCAGUUAAUAAAUAAUAUUUAGCACAUUACACAAUAUUUAGAUGAUGCUAGGCAGUUUUACUUUGGAACAUUACAAUCGAUGUACAAAAUAUGUUCGUUGUAUCGCGUAGGUUAUUUGGCUGUUGUUAAUACUUUAUGUAAUAAAGGCCUAAUGUUGUUCAGCUAGGUUACCAUCUGUGCCAAAGUGCUGCAUCACUGUUAGUAUUCCAAAUAACAUGUUAGGCCUUUAUGUGUAUCCUUAUAGACUUACCGACUAAGAUUUGGGUAACACUGGCACCAGAUUAGUGUAAUUUAGUGAAUGUACUACGGCAGCACGAAUAUUUAACCA